AUGGCUGCCUAUUGGGUCCGAACACCACCUGCUGCUCGGCACAGAGCGAUGCUCGCCCUUCCCCCGCACAGCUCCCUUCCCUUUACCAUGCCCGCCCGCCACAAACCCCUUCCCUUUACUCCCAAAUCACUGCAGGGGUUCGAAGCAGGCGGGCAGGAAACCCCCUCCACACUGCAACCAUGGCUGCCUAUUGGGUCCGAGCCCCAUGUGCUGCUGCGCACGGAACGAAGUUCGCCCUUUCCCCGCAACCCCAUCGCCCUGCGCAUCGACAUCCACUGCUCUGAUGUGCCACCGCAGCAAGAAAGCGAGCAGAGAGUGGGCGAUCAGCACUUGAGGCUACCCUCGCAACGAGAGAAGAGGCGGCAUGAGCAGGCUGUCCGCCGGCUCUCUGCCCGAGGGGAGGGAUUGCACAGGCGUGUGGUGGAAUCCCCUCAUUUUCCUGGGGAUGCCACUGGGGUGGGCGCGUGGGCGGCUGUGAGGCAGUGGCUUGGCGGGUUGCUGGGGCUGAGCCUGGGAGACGCAGAUUCGCUGGGAGAACCGACAGGGCGUGGCGUUGGUGGUGGUGGCAACGGGAGGGAGGGACACGGAGAGGAGCGGAAGGAAGGCAAGGAGGGAGGGGUGGGAGAGGAUGCAGGCAAGGGAGAGGAGGGGCGGGUGUGUGAGGAUGGUGUGGGGGUGCUCAAUCCCGGCUACUGGGGCAUGAGCAUAGAGCAAAGCCAUACAUACAACAUCAUCCUACACGCACGUGCCACGGCCCCGCUCUCCCUCCGCCUCUCCUUCCUCUGCUCGCCCGCUCUCCCUCCCUCUCGCCGCCUCUCUUCGGUCCCCUCUGUCGGCUCAGCUCAUAUCAGCAACCCCACGCCAUGCCACACCAUGCCCUCACCUUACCACAUUGAAACCCCCUUCUUUUCACUACCCCACAUUCCUUCCUUCCCCAUGCGUGCCCAAUACUCUUGUCUGGUGAUACACAACUGCCCGUUAUUAAUCCCCUCCUUCUCUGAUGCUGCCAGCCUCAACCAAUCCAUGGCUGCCACGUGGCACCGCUAUGAGGCCACUGUUGCUGCGACUGGCACAUGCCACAACGCCUCGCUGGCUAUCACCACUGGCAGCAUGACACGUGGCACUCUGUGGUUGGACCAGAUCUCAGCCAUGCCUGCUGAGACAUUCAAGGCUCACAGCAUGCAAGGGGACGUAGCAGGCAUGCUAGAGGCUCUCUGCCCCGGCCUCAUGCGCUUCCCAGGGGGCUGCUACGUGGAGGGAUCUCACGGCAUGCGCAUGGAUAUAGCCACCAUGCUCCAGGGCCUCUCCCCCGGAUUCAUGCGCUUCCCUGGGGGCUGCUACGUGGAGGGCGUGCGGCUGGCCAAUGCCUUCCGGUGGCGCUCCACCAUCGGCCCUUGGGAACUCCGCCCGGGCCACUUCAACGACCGGUGGGGGUAUUGGUCGGACGACGGGUUGGGGUUCUUUGAGUAUCUACAGUUUGCAGAAGACCUUGGCGCCACUCCCAUCUGGGUGUUCAACAGCGGCAACAGCCACACUGACAGCGUGUUCACAGGCGCCCUCGCUCCUUUCAUUCAGGAGGUUCUUGACGGAAUCGAGUUCGCACGAGGACCGUCGGAUUCGCGGUGGGGAGUGGAGAGGGCGGCCAUGGGCCAUCCUGAACCGUUUGAUCUGCGCCACGUGGGCAUCGGGAAUGAGAACUGCUACCAGGACAACUACCGAGGCAACUUCCUUCGUUUCCGGGCGGCAAUCAAGGCGGCAUAUCCCGACAUGGCGGUGGUGUACACAUGUGACGUCAGCAAGGGGCCUCCUGACCACCCUCCCACCGACCUCUACGAUUUCCACUCCUAUGGUACAGCAGAGGGGAUCUUCAGCUUGGGUCAUUACUUUGAUGACAUCAGCAGGGAUGGACCCAAGGCCUUUCUGAGCGAGUUCGCAGUGCAAGGGGGGGGAGGGGAUGGCAACGUGCGGGCAGCAGUGGCAGAAGCGGGGUUCCUCAUUGGGCUGGAGAGGAACAGUGACGUGGUGGCAAUGGUCAGCUAUGCGCCCUUGCUCGUCAACGUGCAUGACAGGAGCUGGACGCCUGACCUCAUAGCCUUUGACUCGCACCGCCUCUACGGCACGCCCACUUACUGGCUGCACCGCAUGUUGCCCGCGUCGAAUUAG